AUGUCUACUUCUACACCUGCAAGCCGCUCCUCUUUGGUUGAAAACUGGGACACUGAGACUCUUAUUGUUUUUUUGCAUGAGCUAAACUUAAGCCUUGAUGAGGACGAUUUUAAAAUUAUUCGUAAACAGAAAAUCGAUGGUCAAAUUUUCUCAGACAUGACCGAAAAAAAAUUUAUGAAAGAUGGUAUAAAGCGGGGGCCUGCUAUGAAACUUGAAAAACAAGCUAAAAUACUUCAAGAGCAAACGAGAGUUCUCAAAAAAGGCAAAAUCGAAUACUUUUGGCUUUUUCCAUGCUGUAUAUGGUCUAUUCAGCAUUUUAUAUCCUGGUCUACUAAUAUAUUUGGCCCUAUCGAAAGAAAUGAGGCGCAUACAGUAUUUUAUAAUACUUUAUAUAUUUUUCGUGAUGAUCCGAACACCUCACAAGAAAUUCUUGAAGUGGUUAGAAAUCUUUUACUUAAGAAAAAGGUUAAUGGAAAAAAAGUUCGCAAACCUUUAGCUGAUAUUUCUAACCGACAAGAAGAGGUGAUUUCAGAGAGGCCCGUCCCUUCAAAAUUAGAUUCGUUAAUUCUUUCCGCUCCUGUUGCUAAAAAACGAAAUAUUGGCGAAGUUUUAGAUAUUUCUGUAAACAUUCCAUUACGAAAUGAUGGAUCUAUAGAUAUUUUAGAGAUUUUGAAGAUUGCAGUUCGUGACUUCGACCAAGGUAUAAUAGCGCUAGGUUCCUCCCGCUCAUACAAAAGUUCAAACCACUUGUAUGUGAAUUCCGAGCAUUGUAUUAAAGUUCCUAGGGAAAGUACAUAUGAUGCUGAAAUGUACCGGGUCCUAGUAAAUUGGUUAAGAAAAGUCCAUGGCUAUGAAAUUACUGGCCAGUGGCAUCUAGAACAAGUUUGUGAUGACGGCGACUACCAUCAUCUUUAUUGCGACCUAACUAUAAAGAAACCUGAUAGUCCCCAUCUGGAAGCUCUUCUUGAACUCUUGGCAACAGCAUCGAUUUCAAAAUUAAAUGGACAUUUCGAGCAAGUGUUCAAGUAUACUGAGCAACUUCGUCCCCAAGAAAUUUGGAUCGUACACUUCUCUCGUGAAGAUUUUAUUGUAACCAAUCCAUAUUGGCAAUGCGAAAAGUUUCAGAAAAGAGGAUUAAAUGUUGUCCAUUUCUGGCAUGAUAAAGAGUUCAAAAAUGUGAGGAUGAGUGCCAGAUUUCGGGAUGCCACUGGCAAGUUUUGCGAAAUUAUAGAUGAACCGAUCCUUUCAUAG